AUGUCUCUACCAGAUGGCCGUCCAUGUACGUCGCCGUCGCUUCUGCAGCCUCAGUCGCAACCGCAGUCGCCGCUUCCCGUCAAGCAGGGCUUUUUGCGCAAGCUCUUGGCCCGCUCAGCAAGCACAAGAAGCACAAAGUCCUCGGCUUCGUCUGUUUCCGCCGAUCAGCGACUUGCUCCCGAACCCGUCCCCAGCCCAGGUCUGAUCAAGCGCAUGUCGAAAAGAGUAGUGCCUGGUUUGCCUCGAGCUCAGACAUUCAAGCGCCAGCUGUCAGAAGAUAGAAAGCACUUGGCUCCUGUAGAGCCUUCAGCAGAGGAGCGAAGGGCGGCUUCGGUCGACAGACGGUCUCACUAUCCACGCAAACCCAGCGGGCGAGUCUCAAGAACUCAUAUCGACCCCCACUCCAGUGCGCCGAGCUUCUUUGGCGAGCCUCUCCACGAAACUACUUCCAACUAUGCACAGUCACUUCCCGUCGAUCUCGCUGAGUUCGAGGCGGCGGAUGCGUCGUCCGACAUUCCGCACACCGAUUCGGAUGAUUCAGAUAUAGAUGGCAAUGAAGCUGACGAUGCCGAUGACGAGUACGCCACGCAAGACGCGGCGUCUGUCGCUGAUACUUGCUCCAUGACCACGUCACAGUACGAAGCAAUGAUUCUUGAUAAGUUAGAGCGGGAGUGGAUUCUCAAUUUGAGUAUGCACUUUAGAGACCGUUCAAAAAGAGAAAAGUUCUUUGUGACAUACCGUGAGGAAGAACACAUAUGGCGGCGCGUCACCAUCUCACUUGAUUAUCGCGAUGCGCCAGAAAAUUCUCUAGAGUGGGAUCUUAGCCGCACCAAAUAUCAAAGGGAUAAGAGCACAAAGAUAUAUGAGGCUAUCCGCGACAGCCUACAGGAUAUCCAGUUUUACGACACAGUGACCAACUUGAAGCUCGAGACUACAGACGGAAGGCUGCAUGUUCAUGUAGUCGAGGAUGGUAAUGAAAUCAUUCACUAUCCAACCGUCAGCCAGAUUCGGCACCUAGGGUGUAGAAGAGUCAAGGAGCGAGACAUCCUCUUCGAUUCCCACAUGUCUGGCUUUGUUUACAAAGUCAGCGUGAUGGGUAAAAUGCUAAUUAAGAAAGAGAUUCCAAGCCCCGACACUGUGGAGGAAUUCCUCUACGAGGUUAAUGCGUUGAGCGGCCUGCGCUUUUCAAAACACGUCAUUGACUUUUACGGCGUGGUUGUCGAUGAUGAUGAUGAGCAGGUUAAGGGUCUCCUCAUCAGCUUUGCUGGCCAGGGCGCCUUGAUCGACAUCAUCUUUGAGAACUGCAAGGAAAACAACAUUGGUCUCCCCUGGAAUACAAGGGAGAAGUGGGCAAGACAAAUCGUCCAGGGGCUGGCUGAUGUUCACGAAUCAGGAUUUGUCCAGGGAGAUUUUACUCUCUCUAAUAUCGUCAUCGACGAUGCUGGCGAUGCCAAGAUCAUCGACAUCAAUCGACGAGGCUGCCCCGUGGGAUGGGAGCCUCCAGAGGCGACGGCUCUGAUCGAGUCUAAUCAGCGAUUAUCAAUGUACAUUGGUGUCAAGUCGGAUCUAUAUCAGCUCGGCAUGGUGCUCUGGGGGCUUGCAAUGCUUGAGGAUGAGCCUGAGACUCAGGGCCGGCCGCUCAUCCUUGGGCCAGAGAUUAAUGUGCCAGAUUGGUAUCGACAAAUGACAGAAAUUUGCCUCAGCAAUGAUCCACGGAUGAGGUUGCAAGCAUCGUCGCUGCUGCGAAUGUUUCCGCGAGCUGUCUCGGACGAUGUACAUAGUGAUGCACUGCGCUCGGAUCACGAUCCUGUGCGCGUGGAUACUGGCGCCGUGACUAACGAGUACCUUUCGGAUGGCUACGAUGUCGAAUCUCACUCUGCAAUCAGGACAGCGGACCUUGAUGAGGAACUGGCGUACCCAAGCUCGACAUAUCUGCAUAGCGGGCCUCUUCCUUAUGACCAGUACUACACGAGUCGGGGCAGAUCACCACCAAGCCCACUGCCCAGCGAUAUGGGUGGCGGUGAGGUGGCAUACAAAUCUGCCUGGGCUGCAAACAGGAACAUAGCUCCCUCUUACAGCGACAGCGGAGAUAGUUAUGUGAUGCCGGACAGUGAAUACGACGUACGGCGGCAGCCAACUCCGACGCCUUCGGCAGAGAGAUUCCUCAACAUUAGCGAUCGACGUUCACGGCCCCUGACCCAGCUCAGUGCCUAUGCAAGCACAGAGUACUUUACAGCUGCUGAUGAUCCGGCUGAAAAGGCCGAGCUUGGACUAUCCGUUCCUAUGGCGCCCGAAUCUAGCUGGGGAGGGUCAGCCGCUAAUGAUGUGUUUGAAGACGCAGACGCAGACACUACGCUGGAACCAAGAGACGCGGAUGAAGAGAUUGCGGUUACACAUACAAUCCCCGCUGUUAUUGUAACCGAGUCACCUAUCGGUGCAGUAGCUCAGCCAAGGGGCAUUGAAUCUCAGGAGGAGAUGCUUGAGAGAAAAAUUAUCGGAGAAGAAGAUGCCGACAGGCAAGACUCUGCUGUUGAUAUAGAAUUUGAAGCUCAGGAAGCGACCAUUAUCCCGGAUAUCGAUAUUGAAGCGCCUCGGCUAAGUCCAAGACUUAAGCUUUCGAAAAACACAGCCAAUAUCAAAGUUAAGCGGCUCAGAAAAGCCUCACGCUCACCUAGGUCACCUUCGUCUCACGCAACCCGCCGGCAGACGGGCACAGCCGAUACACCCAAUUCUACAGACGCAACCGCGAGCUCCAGGGUGGGUGAUGGGGCAGCACUUCGGGUCACGACGCCAGAAACCGAGUCGGAGCCUGACUAUAUUGCCUCGCGUUCACCAGGCUUCAAAUCGCCUGAUCCUAGGCAAAGCUACAACACCAGUGGUGCGCAGAGGGCCGGACAGCUUCUGAACGGAGGCGGCACGACUGAACGCUGGAUCCCGCCAAGCGAGGAGACACUGGGCCAAACUGAACCAACCAGCGGAUUUACGUAUCCAAGACACGGAACAAUUCCCGUGUCACUAACGGGGAUUGGAGCAGCCCACCUGGAGCUUGAUGGAGAGUUAUUGCAGGAGAAAGGGCUCAUCGAUGAUGAGUUUCAGUUAAUGACACGACCCGAAGCGGGAACGCCGCUUAUGAUUACGACAGAUGCGCAGACAUGA